UUAUUAGCACAAUUUUCUCACCGAAACUUGCCGGUUGACAUGUGGUCGGGAACCAUGUUCGCUUGACCGCUCUGUUCCAUAGUAAAGCUUCACCUUCGGGAAUUUUAAAUAAGGAAACACCGGCUGUAUUUGUGUUGCUAAAGGCAGCUGCAAUAUACAGCUUCCCACCUCCAUCUUUCUACUUUGACUUCUCCAUUAUUAAUUGAACAAAUUGCAAAAGAUUCAGCAACACAGAUGUCCAGAAUACUGUGUAAUUAUGCGAUUAAAGCAGACUACUUAUAGCUUGGAUCGGGCUGGAAAAAAAUGUCCCCUACAACCGGUGACGUCAGAUGCACGCAUCACCAUACCGCGACAUUUUCAGCUGGACACUUUGCGGGAAAUUUAAAAUUGCAAUGUAGUAAACUAAAAAGGCCGUAUUGGCAUGUGUUGCAAUGUUAAUAUUUCAUCAUUGAUAUAUAAACUAUCAGACUGUGUGGUCGGUAGUAGUGGGUUUCAGUAGGCCUUUAAGACUUGUUCAGUACACAAUGUUGUCACCACUGUCAAAAAUGUAAUGGAAACGAAUUCUAGACGCCACAUUAGAUAUUCUAAAUCCUGGACUAUAAACCGAUGCUUUUUUCCUAUGUUUUGAAGGUGCGGCUAAUUUAUGGAUUGUUCUUCGCUGACGGCCAUAAUGCCAGUAGCCUUUUAGAAGAAACAAGCAAAUACGCUGAAAGGUGUGUUAUUGUUUGUGAUGUGGCGCCAUCUUUUGGACGAGUUCGCUCACUGCAAAUGCUGCAGUAUCACUCCAUUUAGAUCCUUCAACCGGAAAUACAAUUGCCAUUCAGUCUUUCAGCCGUUCAUAGCAUUACUGGUCAUAUGUAUUCUUCAUUCAUCACUCCAAGCAAUGUUUCAAAGUUUUACAAUAUAUCUAAAACUAAUCUUACUUACUAAACCGUCCCAUAUGUGAUGUCUGUAGGAGUGUUUCCAUGCAUAUUUGUAUCUUAGAUUAGCUCGGCAUUAUGUAUUGAAGCUAGCAUCGUUAGCAUUAGCUAAUAUGUCUGUGUUAGUAUUAUUAACUUACAAUGGCAUUCUUUUGUUAUUGUUCCUGUUUCACAAAUUCCUCAGUAAAUUCACCAAAACUUUACCGUUGAGUUAUGGAGUCUUUUUAGCUGAUUGGAGAACUAACUUGCGCAGGAAGUUGGUCCAUGACGAUGGCUUCUGUUUUGUUGAUCAGCCAUUUUACUGCCGCUUUACAGACACCAUGUGGAAACAAUUAAUGUAAAAAAACAUUUACAAAAUAUUUUUGUGUAAAUAACUAAUUUCACAACGUAUGUAUAUCUGCGACUCAUAGUUCAGUGCGGCUAAUAUAUGAAAAAAGUCUUCUAAAAUGUAGUAGGUGUGGCUUAUAGCCUAUAGUACGUAAAAUACGGUGUGUAUAUCCUAUGAAUCAGCCACGUACUUCAAGGUGCAUCAAAGUCUGUUAGUACCAGAAUGCUCUAAUGCGGCCUCCUGCUGCAUUUAUAUUUUUAGUAAUUAAUACAGAGUAGCAUUAUGGUUCUUUGAUCUCAAUUGAUGUUUGCAGGUGUCUGAGAAAGAAGACAUUAGAUUAGGUGUACAUCUUAUCCAAACUUCAAGUGCAAUAUAUAGUUUGACCCGUCAGGGGCGCCAAAUUACUUGAUGGAUGGGAGGGACAUUUAAGCACAUGGGAGAAUGGGGCCCACUUCUAGGAAACAAGUCAAUAUUUGUGAUGAAGUGACACCACACAACGUCUCUGAAGUCAUCUUCCAACUUGAUACACACACAAUGACAUUUGUGCUAGCAUCAAUGUGGAACACUUGUCUUGUGUUUGUGCUACAGUCUGUCAAAAUACGCACGUAUAAUAAGCAGUCAUCUUUAUUUUUGAUAACACUAUUGUAUAAGACAGACUUGUUUCUUCCUCACUUCUCUGAAAUGUUAUUAAAAGUGAUCAAUAUAAGCACGUCUAAUACGCAAUAUAUCUUUAUUUUUGAUAACACUAAGACAAGACUUGUUUCUUUCUCACUUCACUGUAAUGUUUCAGUAAUAACUUGAAGCAAAGACCAAACAUUAAUAAACCUUAUUCAUCAAAUUGAA